GCGGCGGCCAGACCUCGCGGGCGGGCGAUUUCCUGCUGCACGUUCCGCGGCCUCCGCUGGUCGCGCGCCCAGGGGCUGCAGUGGCGGCCGCCGCCGCACCGGGCAGAGCCCCGCGUGUGCCCGCGCGCUCACCCCGGGACCGCCGCCUGGGCCGGCGCAGGGCGAGCCCGGGGCUCUCCAUGCUGCCGGCCCCGGGGCUGCGGAGCCGGCCGGGUGGCUCCUGCGAUGGCGACGGAAGAGGAGGAGGCGGCGAGAGGUAAGAAGUAUGCUUUACUGUAUAUUCUGAGCCUAUUACAGGGAAAGUAGAGAAGCAUCCAUCGACUUUCUCUUCCAAAACAUCUCCACUGUGUCUCCUUUACACGUACUAGACUCAGUUAUGUGCCUUUCCCCAUACGGUUGAAACGGUCCCACGUCCAGGCCUCUGCUUAGGCUGUUCGCUGCUCCUGGACUGUCUUGCCCUCCCUCCAGAUGGGCCUGUAGGAGUCUUGAAGGCCGAGCUCAGGAAUCACUAUGUUUCAUCUGCCUGUGGAGCUGAAGAUCUGAUGUAGGAAAAUCAACACAAGCUUUGGAGCCAGGCCAUUGGGAAUCAACACUUAGAUUCAUAUCUGAGUGAAUUGAGGACUGUAGCCAGCCAAGCUGACACGGCAAAAAGACUGUCUCAGCAAGUUACUUCAUUCCCCUGAGCCUGUUUCCUCGUACGCUAAACCAUCGCCACAGGGCUGUUGUGAGGAUUGUACGAAAUAAGUGAUUGAGAGUGGGACAUGCAUGAGAACUGUUUCUCCAAAAGAGGCUACUGUAUUUAAGUUCUGUUUCUUUUAUUGAAACUGUAGUGUAACACAGCUGGGCAUCUUGUUUCACACUCUGAGCCUCAGUUUCCUCAACUGUAAGGUAAAGUGUUGAUCGAAGGGAACCAGUGCAUUGCUUCCAUGGUUUCCAGUCAUCUGAGCCCAUGGACAAAACCAGCAACUGUUGGAUCCUUCAGCCCACAUGUGACAGAGUUUCCAAGAAAACGAAAAGGGAGUGAUUCAGACCCAUCCCAAAUGGAAGAUGGUGAACAACAAGUAAAAAUGAAGUCCUUCAGAGAAGCUCAUAGCCAAACCGAAAAGCGGAGGAGAGAUAAAAUGAACAACCUGAUUGAAAAACUGUCCGCGAUGAUCCCUCAGUGCAAUCCCAUGGCACGGAAACUGGACAAACUGACAGUUUUAAGAAUGGCUGUCGAACACUUGAGAUCUUUAAAAGGUAUGACAAGUUCUUAUGCAGGAAAUAAUUACAGACCUUCAUUCAUUCAGGAUAAUGAGCUCAGACACUUAAUUCUUAAGACUGCAGAAGGCUUCCUAUUUGUGGUUGGAUGUGAAAGAGGAAAAAUUCUCUUCAUUUCUAAAUCAGUCUCCAAAAUACUUAAUUAUGAUCAGGCUAGUUUGACUGGACAAAGCUUAUUUGACUUCUUACAUCCAAAAGAUGUUGCCGAAGUAAAGGAACAACUUUCCUCCUCUGACAUUUCACCAAGAGAGAAGCUAAUAGAUGCCGAAACUGGUUUGCAAGCUCACAGUAAUUUCCACACCAGAAGGAGUUGUGUGUAUUCUGGCUCAAGACGAUCCUUUUUCUGUCGAAUCAAGAGUUGUAAAAUCUCUGUUAAAGAAGAGCACGAAUGCUUACUCAACUCAAAGAAGAAAGAUCAUAGAAAAUUCUGUACUAUCCACUGCACUGGUUACUUGAGAAACUGGCCUCCAAAUAUUGUUGGAAUGGAAGAAGAAACGGACAAUCAGAAAGACAGUAGUAAUUUUACCUGCCUUGUUGCCAUUGGAAGAUUACAUCCAUAUAUUGUCCCACAGAACAGUGGAGAGAUUAAAGUGAGACCAACUGAAUUUAUUACCCGUUUUGCAGUGAAUGGACAAUUUGUCUAUGUUGAUCAAAGGGCAACAGCAAUUUUAGGAUAUCUGCCUCAGGAACUUUUGGGAACUUCUUGUUAUGAAUAUUUUCAUCAAGAUGACCAUAGUAAUUUGACUGACAAGCACAAAGCAGUUCUGCAGAGUAAAGAGAAAAUAUUUACAGAUUCAUACAAAUUCAGAGCAAAAGAUGGCUCUUUCGUAACUUUAAAAAGCCAGUGGUUUAGUUUCACAAAUCCUUGGACCAAAGAACUGGAAUAUAUUGUGUCUGUCAACACUUUAGUUUUGGGACAUAGUGAUACUGGAGAAACAUCAUUGCUUCCUUGCAGCUCUCAAUCAUCAGAAGGAUCCUCUAGACAGUCUUGCAUUAGUGUGCCUGGAAUGUCUACGGGAACGGUACUUGGUGCUGGUAGUAUUGGAACAGAUAUUGCAAGUGAACUUCUGGACUUACAAAGGUUACAGUCUUCUUCAUCCCUUGAUGAUUCAAGUCCAACAGAUUUAUUGAAAGAUACUCACACUAUAAACUGCAGGAAUAUGUCAGAUAAGGAGCUGACUACACUAAGUCUUUCUGAAAUAGGGGAGCCACAGGCUACAAAGCAAAACCAAAGCGCUGCUACUCCCCAGAGUCACGAACCACUCCUUGGAGAAGGUGCCCAGCUGGAUUUUGAUGCCCUCUGUGACAAUGACGACACAGCCAUGGCUGCCUUCAUGAAUUACUUAGAAGCAGAGGGGGGACUGGGAGACCCUGGGGACUUCAGUGACAUCCACUGGACACUCUAGCAUUUGAUUUUUAACUCAACAUGAGAAACGUUUUGAAGCAUUCCACUUACAAAAGACUAUAUAUUCCUCUGUACUGUACUGAUACUGUUUUUAUCUUUUAUUCCUAUUCAUGGUUGACCAGUUUUUAUAGAUUUGCUCCUGACUUUCACAGGGGUAUAGGGAAAUGUGAUGUUUCCCUUCAAAUUCUCAAAAUUUUCUAUAGACCGCUUUAGUCAUUGACAUAGCUUAAAACCCACUAGUUGCUAUAUUUUUGCUAACGUCUUUCUAACCAAGGAUACCACAUGUAUCUUGUUUUGGUUUUGUUUUUAUUUUUUGAUGCAGUUGUUUUGAGUUUGGGGAAUUCAAUGUGUUGACAUCUUCCUUGUAUCUGAGCUUCAUUUAUAACUGAUUUAUAAUAGAAGGUUUGUGUAAUCUGGAACAUUUCCAUUCCUUGUGUAUUUCCUUAAUUGAGGAUAGGGCUUAUCCACUUUAAGAAAAUGAUGAGUACUUGAACAUUUAAAGGGACAGUGCAAUUUGUAGUGGUAAUCACAGUGAAUACUGUAUUCAGUCUUUGUAGACUUGGGCAAGCACAGAGCCACGAUAGUUAUGCUCAGUUGAGCACUUUGAGAUGGAUUUUAAGUGAGAUGAUUUCUUAUUUAAAACUCAGAAAAGAAAAAAAAAAAGCUGAGAGAGUUUCAGCUUUGCUUACAGGAAAGGAAAGAUCUUGGGCCCUACAGCUUGGUGGUGGUUAACCUUUGCCUAUAAGAUUUAGUCUUAAUAUAACCACUCAAGAUUCUUAUUACAGAUAGAACAGGGUUUUGAUGCUGAAAAGGUUUUUAGCAAACUUUAGGAUUAGUCUUAGAGGAAGAAACGGGCCCAGGCAGAGUCAACGCCUUGUGUAAUGUCACAAUUAAGUUCAUAUGUCUUUUAAUGUUUAAUGUGUAUAAACCAGUUUCUUUAUACACAUUUGAGAAAGCAGUAGUCUCACUGGUUAAAUGAUUAGUUAACUGACCUAGGAACAGUUGUUGCCUUUUAAAAUUAUUAGGCAAUUACAGUUACUAUUGCCUGUAACCAAAGGUAAUUAUGUGUGUGUUUUUAAAACCAUGAGGCAACGAGAAAGAAUUUAAAAACCAAUUUUCUAGCUACAAUUAAAAAUCGAGAGCAUUUUUUAAACCAGUAAUUAAUUCAGAGGUAGCUCAAAUUGAGGGGCAAGAAUUAAGGAUAUUUAAAAUACUGUAUGUAGGGACUUCCCUGGCAGUCCAGUGGUUAGGACUCCACGCUUCCACUGCAGAGGACAUGGGUUUGAUCCCUGGUCGGGGAGCUAAGAUCCCUCAAGCAGUGCAGCGUGGCCAAAAAAAAAAAAAAAAACCCAAAAAAACCCAAAAAUACAAUACUGUAUGUAUAGCUAUCUUUUUGAAGAUCAUACUUCCAUAAUACCUAUGGUUUUAAUAGCUCUUUCUAGUUUACUACGUGUGUUCCCAUAUAUUCUCUUUUGUUUCCCACAAGGGAAAGUAAUGAUAGUCUGGGAAACUAAUGGGGAAACUCUGAGGCUCAGAUGUAGGGAUCAAAUCCAGUUUUCCUUUUCUAUGUGGUGCUGUACAUCUCCAGCAGAUUUCCCUCAGAGCCCCACAAAAACAAAGCAUUCUUUUGACCUCGCAUAUUUCCGUAAGCUGUAAGUAACAGAUUAGAAUUUUCAGACACGUUAAUGGCAAACAUAGCAACAGGCAACAACCAAAAUCAAAUGUUCCUUCACGUUUGACAUUUGCAGUGGCUGUGUGGGCAAGGAUGUAUUGGCCUAUUGUCUUGAGCCGAUGCAAUGUUCCAGCAACGUCAGAGGGUCAGCACCAUUCCUGGUUCUGGCAUUUGAGGACUUGGGAGAUAUCUAGGUUUAGAAUAAGCCAAAAAAACCCUCACAAGAUGGGGGAUAUAUUGGUUUGUAGUGGCCUAAGCAUGACAGUUAAGUCUGAAGAAGCGUGAAGGAUCACAUCUGUUCUCUAAGUCAGAGAGGCCUGCCUUCAAAUGUGACACUUUAGGGAUCUGGACCAUUGCAAGUCGGGCUAGACCUGCAGAGUCAGCCUAAGCUAGUGGUAGCAGGAUAGGUCACUGUGGCUGCACGACCUCCAAGGCAGGUGGGGCAGAACUUCAUGAUGCAGGGAUCUGAGAGGCAGACUUUCUAGAGGCUGGCCAUUGCUGCUUGUACAGUAACAAUUCGCUCUCUUUGCAAGAGGAGAGGUUAUCCCAUAGACUUAUGGAUGGAAAGGCCAAUUGAAGGCUUUGAUCCUUUAGUAGCCCACCCUGAUAUUUAUCUUUUGCCCUGGACCCAGGAUCCAGUCCAUGAUGCAUUGUACGGUACUGUAGCUCUAAGUUCAGUGCUUUCUUCAAAAUGCAUUCUAUUUAUAUUUGAUUGCUACUGGGAGUGACAUAUUUUUAUGCUUUAUACUAUAUUACUUUUUUCUCCUACCAAUUAAUUUCUUACGUUUUGGUGAAAAAUAUCUACAAGUUUAAUGAAAACAUCCUAAAAAGAAUACUCUAUUUUUUUUUUAAUUCUAAGAAUCACCUACAAUGAUGUAGUGGAGUGGGAGGCAUGCCUGGAAUCAGGAGAGCCCGCUCAACCUCAAUUUAUCUGUGUGACCUCAAGCAAGUCAUUUAAACUCUCUGUACCUCAGUUUCCUUAUUUGUAAAAAGAGGUUUGAUCUCUCCAUUUACUUCCAGUUCUAAUUCUGUGAUUCUGACCCACAGGACUCGAGCAUUAGCCUGAUGCUACACAUAUGCUGUCUAGUAUGAUAGCCACGGCCACAUGUGGCUACUGAGUACUUGAAACAUGGCUAAUACAUAUUGAGAUGUGCUAUGAAUGUAAAGUGCAUACCAGAUUUCAAAGGCUUAGUAUGAAAAAAGGGAAUAUAAAAUAUCACAUUAACAGUUUUGUAUUGAUUACAGUUCAAAUAAUAUUUUGGAUAUACCAAAUUAAACAUUAAAGUUAAUUUUAUUUUCUUACCGUCCUAAUGUGGCUACUAGAACGUUUAAAAUUACACAUGUAGCACACAUUAUAUUUCCAUUCUAUGGCCCUGCUCUAGAACAUUUUAUUAAGUGGAUAUUAUUUAAGCAGACCAAAGGUUAUAAGUAUGAUAUUUACCUCUAAAUGCUAUGGUUUAAAGGACAUUUAUUGAUCUUCGAUUCAGUGCAAAUAACUGUGAACCUCUAUCGAUGUAUCAAAUUUAAAACUUUUUUGAAAUGAGUAAACUUGAAAAUGUUAGACAUUUUAUUAGCCUGAAAUCAAACAAAACUUGAGGUAUAUGUUGACACCCUAUGGUAGUCACUAAAUUUGGAAAUCCAUUGAUAAGCACAAAGACAAACAAGAAGAUACAGAAUAGACUUUUGGUAAAUAAAUGGAAUUAAAGAAAAGUAUCUAAUUACAGUGUCAUAAUGGGAAAAGGCUAUAUUCAUUGGUCGUCAUAAUCUUUGACAAAUCUACAUAGAGUCUAGGACACAGGUAUAUAAAAUAGCAACUCUCUAGGUAUCAGACCAUGUUUAGUGGGUCCAGUUUCAGAUCCUGCUGUAAAGAGGAAUCCACCACUCAGGUAGGUCAUUGUUGGGCUCUGGAAUUAGAGAUUCAGAUUUGCCAAGCAUAGUAUUGUGGGCACAGCAGCCCUGACGUCUACAAUGAUCAGAAGCCAUAAAGAAAACCUGCUGCGUGGCCACUAGGUGUCACUUUCCCAUUCCUGUGGGACUUUGCUUUCAUUAGAUUAAUUUUUCCAAGUUCCAUGGGGCCUAGGACAGGCAUUUAUGACUUUUGUGCCUAGAAUAAGUCUGCCCCUGUUUUGUAAGAAAUGCUUUUUAAGAGAAGUCUGGGAAGAUCCCUUCCACAUAAAAUAAGAAUUUUGGUUUAGAGACCUCUCCAGGUGUGGGUCCAGUAAAAGCUGACUUUAGAAAGAAAACCCAUCCAACCUAGAAUAUGCUUUCUGAACUCAUUUGGGAGUGUUUAGUGUGUGUGUCACUGCUCAUAGUCUUGAGUUUAGGUUUGUCUUUUGUACAAUUUUUAAGCUCUUUUCCGUUUCACUUGCUCUUGUCUGUAUGUUGGUAUUUUUAAAAUUUUGUGGUAAAUAAUGAAGAGUGAAAUUAAACUAUAUUUUAUAAUAA